AAGAAGCAGCGAAGUAGAGAGAGUGAUUUUGUGAGACAGGGAAGGAAGACGGAGAUAGAGCCUAGCCAGAGGUAGAAGAAGAUGUUGUUCCAGGUAGGAGGACAAGGGACUCGUCCCACCUUCUUCGAGAUGGCGGCGGCUCAGCAACUUCCGGCCAGUCUCCGCGGCGCUCUUACCUAUUCCAUCGGUGUAUUGGCUUUGAGAAGACCCUUUCUUCAUAAGGUGUUAGACUAUGAAGAUGAAUUCUUUGCUUUGUUGAUGCUUGUUCUUGAGACUCAUAGCUUACGGACUACAGAUGCUUCUUUUGCUGAAUCCUUAUAUGGCUUACGAAGGAGAGCUGUAAAUAUUAAAGUCAAGAAGGAGAAUACUCAUUUGAACUCAGGUGGUGGGAUUAACCAUUCUGGGUUAAAAAGGCGUCAGAAAGUUCUUUCAGUCGUAUUUCUGGUUAUACUGCCAUAUUUGAAGUCAAGAUUGUAUUCAAUCUACAACAGAGAAAGGGAAGCCAGACUUCAAGCAAGUUUAUGGGGAGAUGAUGAAAGAUUUAAUGAUAUUAACAUAACUGAUAGAGGGGAGGGCUUUCUUGUUUCAAGUGCGACCACUGUGACAGAAUCAUCAGUUAGGACACAGCUGAUGAAGAAGAUCCAAAGAAUUAUAGGGGCUUGCUACCCAUGGGUUCAUGCUAGUAGUGAAGGAUUAUCAUUUUCCUAUCAGCUGUUAUAUUUGUUGGAUGCUACGGGAUUCUAUUCCUUAGGAUUGCAUGCACUUGGGAUCCAUGUCUGUCGAGCCACUGGACAAGAGCUCAUGGAUACUACAUCUAGAAUUUCAAAGAUAAGAAGCCGUGAACUUGAGAGACUUCGUGGCCCUCCAUGGUUGAAGACAUUGCAAGGAGUACUGCUCAACUGCACAUACACAAUGCUGGAUUAUGCACAAACUGGGCUAAUUGCGGCAGUAUUCUUUUUUAAAAUGAUGGAAUGGUGGUACCAAUCUGCUGAAGAAAGAAUGUCAGCUCCAACUGUAUACCCCCCACCUCCACCUCCCCCUACCCCUCAGGUAGCAAAAGAGGGUCUUCCACUACCACCAGACAGAACACUUUGUCCUCUGUGCUCGCAGAAGCGGGCAAAUCCAUCGGUAGUUACAGUUUCGGGGUUUGUCUUUUGCUAUGCCUGCAUAUUUAAGUAUGUUUCUCAGUACAAGCGCUGCCCGGUCACAUUAUUGCCUGCUACUGUGGACCAAAUAAGGAGGCUGUUUCAUGACAUGUAGAAAGAAUAUGUAUGGUGUUGCUAGGAACAAAAUCUAGGAUGGCUUCAAGCCAACAUAUUGCAUAAUAAAUGUUGAAGCAGAUUUCAACAACAAAAAAAAAAUAGAAGCACUAUGUUUAGGAUGUAGAUUAGUUUUUAUUAUUUUUUCAAAAUAAAUAAUUUAUUUUACUUUUUAAAUUAUACAAAUAAUAGUCAAUUAAUUUAAUUGGGUUGCUGCAUUACUACA